AUGGGUCACCAUCACCACCCGGGCGCGCCUGUGCACGGCGUGCGUCUCGGCGGCGGCGCUGGGCCUUUGGGAAUUCCUCAUCCGUACCAUCAUCACCACGGCAGCAACUUGUUGCACCUGCUCGACAAGCUGCCUAGGGAGUUGAGAGAACUCAACAUCGAAUCCACCAACCCGACCCAGACGCCCGUCAUUAUUGUCUACAACUUGCCUGCCAACAUCACCGUGCACAUGUUGUUCAACCUCUUCAGCUUGUAUGGCUCGGUGCUUCGCGUGAAGAUUCUCCGCGAGAAGAGCGACACUGCUCUCAUCCAGUAUUCUGACCCUCUCUACGCAACCAUCGCUCUCAACUACAUCCAGGGAGCAAACGUCUUGGGGCAGUCUCUCCAAGUUGGCUUCAGCAAGAACAUGGAGGUCAAGCUCCCCCCGCCCAACUCCAACAAGACGGAGGCGAACGCCGAGGAGGAGAAACGCACUGUCGCCUUCUCGAUCAAGGACCAGCGCUACGGCGGCGACGACGUUGAGAAGUACGUGAAGGGAUCCUGCCGCCCGACCAAAACGAUUUUUGUCGCGAACCUCGACGAGAGUGCAACCGACGAGGAGGUCCAGAAGCUCUUCAAGGAGCACGGACAAGUCAGCAAAUUCACCUUUAAGGCCCCGAAAAACGAGUCCGCCAAGACCCAGAUGGCCAUGAUGGAGAUGGGCACCGAAGCAGAGGCCGUUGCGGCAGUGAUGUACCUGCACAAUCACGAGCUUCACGGUCGCAGCAUGAAGGUGGCCUUCUCGAAGACGGUCCUCUGA